AUGGGUAACCAAAAUGCGAAGGGCAUUACGCGUCCACGACGAUCCUACUCGUCGAAUUGCACUUCCGAGCGGCAGCUGCUUCUUGUGGAGCCAUCAGCCAUAAUUCGAUCCAGUUCCGCACAAUCUCGUGUUGAUAGUAAGAAAAUUGUGAGUAAAAUACGUCAUCCAAUAUUUCUUACUCUGAAAAUAUUUCAGAUUUAUCAGAUUUUGAUUUCUUAUCUCAAGCCGCAGACUCACUUUUCCACAGGCGAAGAGCGCAAUAUAACGCAGCAAGUUUCGCGCUCAUCGGCAUCAUCUUCGCGUGCUCCGUCGUGGGUUUCGGACGAGUCGUUCUCGAUUAGCUCGGAAACUGGUUCAAAACGCGAAACGAAUGAUGAUUCGUUGAGAAGCUUAAGCAGAGAGCAAUCAGUUGAAGGAAGCAGCAUAAUUCUAGGACGCGCUGGUCUGUAUCAUUUUCACCGUUACUGGCUUGAUUUUUGA